AGUAGGAAGUGUGAAUGUUAGGAGUUAGGAGUGAGUCAUAGAAACUUGUGGGCGUUGCUGAGUCAGUGACAGAAAGACUUGGCAGGUUUCUCGUGAGUCCCUCACCUUAGUGUCCCUUCCCAUUUGCCAAUGCAAUGCAAGUCUUUCAAGUUCAACUCAUUCUCCUCUCAAUCACUAUGCAUCUUCUCCAUUACCACAUUUCUUUCUAGUUUCCACCUUCCAAGGUCCCACCUUCAACCAACUUUCCAAUUUCAAAAGUGGGUUCACUCAAAAAUCUGAAAUUUUUGGGGCCCUUUUCACUGAAUCUUCCCGGUUAUGAUUCCUCAACUUAUGGUGCAAAUUGUCUGAAAAGUUUGGUAUUUUAUGAAACCGGUUUAGCUCUUUUACUCAUACAAAGACUCAUUAGUCCCGAUUCCAUUGGGAAGGGUGACAAAUCCAAUAAAGGUUUCUAAUUUCGUUGUUCACCAAUGGAUUCAACUUAUGCAACCCUGAGUGGCCACCUAGCUAAUGUUAGUCAGGGAAUUGGAAGAAACAGAAGAAUCAGUGGGUUUUGGGGUGAGAAUACAAGGUUUUUGAGUGCUCAAUCGUGCAAGACUACACGAACCAAUAGGAAUCUUAGAAACUCCAAGCAUGGAACUGGAACCGCUCAUGCUGUUCUCACAUCAGACAUCAACGAAGAUUCCAUGGCAUUUCAGGGGGUACCCACUUUUGAGACCCCCAAAGUGGACCCGAAGAGUGUGGCUUCCAUCAUAUUGGGUGGAGGUGCAGGGACUCGUCUCUUUCCCCUUACUAGUAGAAGAGCCAAGCCCGCGGUUCCAAUAGGAGGGUGUUAUAGACUCAUUGAUAUCCCCAUGAGCAAUUGCAUCAAUAGUGGCCUCAGAAAAAUAUUCAUUUUGACGCAGUUCAACUCUUUCUCCCUCAACCGCCACUUGUCCCGCGCAUACAGCUUUGGAAAUGGCUUGACUUUUGGAGACGGGUUUGUGGAGGUCUUGGCUGCAACUCAAACACCUGGAGAGACAGGGAAAAAAUGGUUCCAAGGGACAGCUGAUGCUGUGAGGCAAUUUAUAUGGGUUUUUGAGGAUGCCAAGAACAAGAAUGUUGAGCAUAUAUUGAUACUUUCUGGGGAUCAUCUUUACAGGAUGGACUAUAUGGAUUUUGUGCAGAGACAUGUUGACACAAAUGCUGAUAUCACAGUUUCAUGUGUACCCAUGGAUGACAGCCGGGCAUCAGACUAUGGACUGAUGAAAAUUGAUAACACAGGACGCAUUAUACAGUUUUCAGAAAAACCUAAGGGAUCAGAUCUAAAGGCAAUGCGUGUUGACACCACUCUUCUAGGGCUAUCACCACAAGAAGCAGACAAAAAUCCUUAUAUUGCAUCCAUGGGUGUCUACGUGUUCAGAACUGAAACCCUGUUGCAACUAUUAAGAUGGAAUUGCUCUUCAUGCAAUGACUUUGGAUCUGAAAUUAUACCAUCUGCUGUGAGCGAGCACAAUGUCCAGGCAUAUUUGUUCAAUGACUACUGGGAAGAUAUUGGAACUAUAAAGUCCUUCUUUGAUGCAAACCUCGCCCUAACAGAACAGCCUCCCAAAUUUGAAUUCUAUGAUCCAAAGACACCUUUCUUCACUUCCCCAAGAUUCCUUCCACCCACUAAAGUAGAAAAAUGCAAGAUUGUGGAUGCAAUUAUUUCUCAUGGUUGCUUCUUGAGGGAGUGUAGUGUUCAGCAUUCUAUUGUGGGAGUACGCUCACGUUUAGAGUCUGGUGUGGAGUUUCAGGAUACCAUGAUGAUGGGUGCUGACUACUAUCAAACUGAGUCUGAAAUUGCAUCUCUGCUGGCAGAAGGAAAGGUUCCAAUUGGUGUUGGGGAAAAUACCAAAAUCAGGAAUUGUAUAAUCGACAAGAAUGCCAAGAUAGGAAGAAAUGUGAUCAUAGCAAACACCGAUGGUGUUCAAGAAGCAGACAAGUCCAAGGAAGGAUUCUACAUUAGGUCGGGCAUCACGGUUAUACUGAAAAAUGCAACAAUUAAAGAUGGAACAGUCAUAUGAAGCACUUCAAAAUAUCCAGCAGGCCUCUCCAUAAUAUAGUUUAGACAAAAGUAGUUUCACUCGCUUGCUUGUACAAUACAAAGUUACUUUCCAUAUAUCUCAAUAAAUAAUAGUUAUGGCUAGCAUUUGUAGGAUACUUCACGUGUAAUAUUUUAAUGGAAAUAGACUAUUUUUCCCUCUACGAUUAUUGAAACACUUCAUUCUGAA